GUUAAACACUUGAAUGAACUUGCGUGAUGAGAGUUUUGUUAUUUCGCUCCUUGCUGGUCAUUUCUAUUGUACCGAUACCUUAUAUUCUAUUAACGGCGUAGGUUUGGUCGUGCRAUGACCGCGUGCGUGCCUAUCGUCUGUUUAAUUGAUUUUGUUUAUGGUUCGGUCACUGUGUUGGCAUGAGAUGUCAUUGUGUGUACAACCACUUUCGGCCACCGUUUUUACGGUGUGCCCUAUUCGCACGACAUGCUCAUUGCUGUAUUAUUAKUCAUUAUAAAUGGCGCAGGAGCCGUGUCCUCGAUACACGCAUAAAUAGUCAUGAUUUGCUCUGAGGCAUUGAUUCCCUUUCCCCGUGAGCCGGCUAAUGAUAUGGUCCAUUACUUAUGAUAUUCCGCAAGGACUGUUUUAAAAUGGAACUAUAACUGUUGUACAUGUAUGUUUGUGUUCAAGUCAUGCCUCCCAGAAAACGAGCGAGGAGAAAUCCCCCRAGUAACCUCCACGAGGACCRCCCUGGGGACAUAGACAACAAUCAGCUUCCAAACCAACGUCCACCUUURGAUAUCGCCACGUUGUCCGCGAGCAUAUCCACUGCGGUUUCGGAGGCUAUACAGCGAGCCUUCCAAGGUAACCAACAAAGGCAGCCUGGUGUACGAGACACCAUUCGCGAAAAUGCCAAUUUCAUAAGUGGAGGAAAUGACGCAUCAGGUCAGUCAGAUACAGGAGAGCCACUCACCCCUAUAUUCUCKAGCAUUGCCAUCCCACUGGGUGGUAAUGUCAGCGAUAAAGUUAAGGCAAAAAUAUGGGCCGACGAGUUUGUACAUUUCAGUGCUCUGUUAGAGCCGUCCGUCAACCAAAGCAGAUAUGCAGUCAAUUUGUCUCCUGCUCAAGGAGACAAACAGGCCUCGUUGACCUUUGAGCCGCAUCACGCAGCCAAGAAAAUUGUUUCUAUAAACCAAUGGAUAACGGCUUUCAAUAUCUUUGCAGCCAUUAAGUGCCAAACCAAGCCGCGAGAGAGCGUUWAUCUAUUUAAAUAUUGUGAGAUUGUUCGUGACAUCGCUGCAAAAACGGGUGAUUGGGCGAUGUACGACGAACAAUUUCGCUAUUUGCGCCAGUCAGCCCCGGAGCGUUUUCCCUGGGAAGCUGUACACUGGGAAUUGUGGCUAAAGGCGACGACUAAUUUUCGUGCCUCAAAACMARCAACUAAUKUUCGUGCCUCAAAGCAAUCCCGCCAGUCGUUCGGACAAGGGACGUGCUGGUCCUUCAACGCAGGGAAAUUUUGCGGGGGGUGCAAAUAUGCMCAYAAGUGCUCAAAUUGCGGUGCAAAACACGCAGCCUCCCAAUGUAAUAGUUCCUCGGUCGGUACCGAACAGCGCGGYGCUUCACAAAGGGUUGGACAGGGAGCUUCUACUACGGCUGUUWAAGAGCCCACCGGUAACUCCCGUAAGAGUGGAGCGUCUUAGUCGACUCCUUGAUUCAUAUGACCCUUCGUUACGAUCAUUUCUUAUUAGUGGUUUUACAUAUGGUUUUUAUGUUCAUUACUUUGGGGAGCGUCGCGCUGUUCAGUCACCGAAUUUACGCAGUGCACUAGAGGCACCAUUGGUUGUUAACGCGAAAUUAGAAAAGGAAUUGAGCGCUGGGAGAAUCGCWGGACCAUUCCACGCUCCUCCUUUUCAKGAUUUUGUAUCRUCUCCUUUAGGCAUAGUUCCCAAGAAAUCGCCUAAUGAAUUUCGCUUGAUUCAYCACUUGUCCUACCCCGCGGGUAGCUCGGUUAAUGACGGAAUUCCGGCUGAAUUUUCCUCAGUUCAUUACGCUUCCAUAAAUGAUGCUAUUGCUAUGAUAAAACGUACAGGGACUGGCUGUUUUUUAGCUAAAACCGAUAUAAAAUCCGCAUUUCGCAUAAUUCCAAUUCAUCCCGAGGAUUAUUCAUUACUUGGGAUGAAAUGGAAUGACCUUUAUUACUUCGAUCGAUGUUUACCGAUGGGUUGUUCGUCAUCGUGCGCUAUCUUUGAAMGUUUUAGCACCGCACUAGAAUGGAUAGCCAAACGACUAUUCAAUACAGACGGUAUUCUGCAUGUUUUGGACGAUUUUCUAUUUAUAGCCAAGGAUAGACACUCGUGUGAGUCGAUGUUAAAGGGAUUUCUUAGUUUGUGCGAUUAUUUAGGMGUUCCAAUCGCMCAGGAAAAAACUCACGGACCGUACACCUCAUUGCAGUUUGUAGGCAUUACACUAGACUCGGUGACYUGGGAGGCGCGCCUUCCCGAGGAUAAGCUUCAAAAAUGCCGCACGAUGAUUGAUGACUUCCUGUCGAGACGCAAAGUYACUCUUCGCGAGAUUCAAUCGCUAAUAGGGCUGUUAAAUUUCACGUGUUCGGUCGUUCUCCCGGGUCGCGCAUUUUUGCGUCGGCUAAUCGAUCUUACCAAAGGCAUACGCCGUCCAUAUCACCGCAUUCGGGUAAGCACAUCGGUCAAAAAUGAUUUACGUGUAUGGUUGCAGUUUCYCAAGCAAUAUAACGGACGGACUUUCUUUAUUGAGGAAUCUUGGACGGGGACUCCCCAUCUAGAGAUGACUUCAGACGCAGCGGGUUCCAAAGGAUACGGCGCACUCUUUGGUAAACAUUGGUUGCACGGGGAAUGGCCUGACGCUUGGAAAUCGUUAAAUAUUACAUUUUUAGAGCUUUUUCCCAUAGUGUUAGCUUUACACGUGUGGGGACCGGAGAUGGCCGACAGAUGCAUUAUCUUCUUAACUGAUAACGCGGCUUUAGUCGACAUAAUCAAUCAGCAAACGUCUAAACAUCCUUUAGUGAUGAUUUUGAUACGCGAUUUAGUCCUCACGGCCCUUAAACAUAAUGUGCUUUUCCGCGCACGGCAUCUGCCGGGGAUAUUGAAUACUCGUGCCGACCUUAUUUCUCGUUUUCAGAUAGACCAAUUCAAGGCUCUCUCCCCUGGAAUGGACGAUCUGCCAACUCAGAUCCCCACGCACCUUCUGCCCMGGAAUUGGUCGAGCAUUUAAGUGACCUUUUACUGUCAGGUCUGUCUGAAGGUUCGCGCAGAACGUAUCAGCGUGCCUGGUCAAWUUUUCGCGAAUUUUACCAGCGAUUUUACGAUUCGCGUCAGCCUAUAGUACCAGUGGCUCCCAACAUCAUAGCAUUGUUCAUUUCAUAUUCGAGUUUCCUUAAGAAGGCACCGGCAACAAUUGCUUCUUAUCUCUCGGCCAUCGGUUAUGUACACAAAUUGCGGGGCUUUCAAGAUCCUACUCAAACAUUUGUAAUACAAAAGCUUAUGAAAGCAGUGGGUCGUGAACGUGCCGCGGACCUUCGACUUCCUAUUUCACGCCCCGUGCUCCAUCAGAUUGUGCGAUCGCUUGUAUCGACCAAUUCCUCGGCUUCAAAACAGCGCCUCUACGCAGCUAUGUUUCUGACAGCCUUUUACGGCUUUUUUCGCGUCGGAGAACUGACGGCCAAAAGCGCUAGAGAGUCUGCAGACAUAGUUCAAUUCGAUGACAUACGUUUUCUCUCUGAGUGUGGUCAGGUUAAGAUGAUUAAGAUAACGAUUCGGAAGUUCAAGCAUAAUUCGGAUAAUAGGCCUUUCGAUAUUCUCAUUGCACGAGAAAGGUCCGCUGUAUUUUGUCCGGUUUUGAGUCUUAUCGCUUAUUGUGAGCUGCGCGGCAGGCAGCCAGGGCCGUUGUUCUGUUUACCUGACAUGAGUCCAAUAACUACCAGUAUGUUUAACACUGAGCUAAAACGUUGUCUUAUAUUUUGUGGGCUAGACACGACUCGUUACAAGAGCCAUAGCUUCAGGAUUGGAGCUGCUUGCUAUGCAUCRGAGCAAGGCUUUUCAGACUCUCAAAUUCGCAAAUUGGGUCGUUGGAAAUCCGACGCGUUCAAAGUUUACUUGCGUCCUGAAUCUCUCAAUGCUAAUUAGUAUAUKUUAUGGGUCGGACAUGGSCCGCCAUAAUAUUUCGUUGUCGCGGUUUUAAUUGUUUGCUGACGGGUCAGACAGGGGCUGCCGUCACAGACCACAAAUAUUUGUGUAAAGUAAUUUGUAGUUAAUCGUAACUCUGGUCAGCAAGGGCUGCAGAGUGGACAAUACGUUUUACGCUGCUUACAAAGGGGAGGGGAUGUUGUUCAGACAUGGGCUGCAACACUACCCCCCGUGUCGCUUAUUGCGUCAGAUAUUUCUUCUUUUCCUAUAAUGUUUUCACUUAAACUAUCGUGAGCUCAGCGUGACUGCGUUUUGGGGUUGCCACACUGUAGUGGCUUGUGGCCGGGUUUUUUCCCAUCUUUGAUGACGCGAUACAGAACAUGUACAUUGUACGUUUUGAGUUGAUCAAUUAAACACGUCACAUGUGUGACCGAAUUUAUUCCAAC